UUUAUGGUCAGUGUCUGGAAGUCUACCACACUUUCCCAUUUGAGGAAAGCACAAUUCCUCAUUGCUUUAUUACUGCAACUUGUGUCAGCAUAUUACAUAUUCUCCUGAAAAUCAAACAUUCUUUCCCUGUCAGAUUCCCAACUUUCUUGGAAUUUUCAGCACCUUAACUUAACAUCCCAUAAGUGUCAAAGCUUAGAUUUUUCUUUGACCCUUUAGAGAGAGAGAGAGAGAGAUUGUGUCUUGUUAAUGGAGUUGGUACCUUAUUCUGACCCCAAGACUGAAUCAAGCAGCUCUACUCCACCUUGGCAAGAAAUGUUCCGAUCUGCUUCAAUGAAGAAAAAUGACUCACAAUUCAAGAACGAUGGUUCCCCACAAACUCCCCCAAAAAUCCCAGAAACCAAAGAGAAUCAAGAUCACAGUUUUUUAUCAGAGGAAUCUCAGCAGGUACGCUUGGCCCUCUAUAUAGCCAUGGCUCAUGCAGGUCUUGCAUUCACAAUUUUCAUUCUUUAUGCUGUUGGCAAAUUGCUUGAAGAAUAUUUAAGGCCUAUAUUAUGGGCAGUGCUUUGCUCAAUACCAUUAAGAGGAAUUCAGCAAGCUCUUGUUGCUUUCUGGUCUGAACCUUUAGAACUAGGCCUUACCGAAACCAUUUUGGCUGUCCCGAUUGCUGUAAUCAGAGUUUUCGUCGAAACCCUUGUUGAUAUUAGGGAAAUGAUUUUCAGGGUUGUUCUUAGGAGACAGAAAGGUAAUGCCUCAAAGCGUAGUAGAAGUGGAUUUUUUAUGUUGUUAAGGUGGUUAGUUUCUUUUUGGGUUUUUGUGAUGGCCUAUGAGCUAAUUGGUCUCUUUGGAUCAGUAGCGCUUCUUGCAUUGGGAUUUAUGUUUCCUGCUAAUAGUGUGGAGUCUACUAUGAGUGCAGUAACAUCUUUUAGGAGUCAUAGCUUUCGUAGGCUGUCGAUAUCUGCUUUCUUCACUAGAGGGAUAUUGAAAAGAUUGAAAACUAUCGUCGCAGUAGGACUGAUUGUUGGGUUGAGCGUAGGUUCUUUGGCGGGUACGAUUUUCUUCUCUUAUGAGAUUGGAGUGGAGGGGAAAGAUGCUGUUAUUGCAUUGAAAUCCCACGUAGAGGAGAGUAAUUAUGCGGAGAAAAUUGGUGUCAAACAAUGGAUGGAUGAAAAUGAUGUCCCUGGGAUGGUGGAUAAGUACACUACUCAAUUGUACGAGACUGUAUUCGACCAGAUAGAUAGCUACGCUAUCCAAUAUAACAUGACCGAGUUUGUCAGUGGGAUCAAACAUUUUAUCACAACCCCGGCUAAUAACUCUUUAGGGCGGUCAACGGCUUUAGCAUCCCCCUCUCGGUAUACUGCAAAGAUCUUGAGCCUAAAAAGGAGGAUUAAGGAUCGUGAGUGGGAACAAAUGUACACAGAAGUCGACGCAAUUUUCCGGGAGUUGCUGAUCACUAGAGAGGACUUGGUCGAAAAGGCAAAAGGAUUUGCCGUUCAAGGAGCAAAUGUAAUGCAAGGUGUACUUGUUACUAGCACAUCUCUUUUAGGUAGUAGUUUACAGGUCAUGUUCUCAAUCGGGAACUCUAUACUUUCCGGAGCUGCAGGUCUUUUCAAUUUUCUGUCUCAAUCAAUGGUGUUUUUCUGGGUACUUUAUUAUCUUAUCACAUCCGAGUCGGGAGGAGCAACCGAACAAGUUAUAUGUAUGCUUCCAAUAUCACAUUCGGCAAGGAUUCGAUGUGUUGAAGUUCUUGAUAAAGCUAUUUCAGGGGUUCUUUUAGCAACGGCGGAGAUUGCAUUCUUUCAAGGAUGCUUAACUUGGCUCUUGUUUAAAUUAUACUCGAUACAUUUUUUGUAUAUGUCGACUGUCCUUGCACUUAUUAGUCCUCUGUUUCCUAUUUUUCCUGCGUGGUUUUCAACUAUCCCGGCAGCAUUACAGUUAGUGAUUGAAGGUCGGUAUAUAUUGGCGUUCAGCUUAUCCAUUAUUCAUCUUGUGCUUAUGGAUUAUGGUACCUCUGAAAUUCAAGAGGAUAACACUGGCUAUAGUGUAUAUCUCACUGGUCUCAGCGUUAUUGGUGGAAUGACAUUGUUUUCUUCAGCAAUUGAGGGAGCGAUAAUGGGGCCACUAAUAACUACUAUUGUGAUUGGAAUCAAAGAUUUGUAUGUUGAGUUUGUAUUGGAAAGACAGAAGGAAUAAGUAGAACAAAUCUGUGUUUCUAAUACCUUCUCGAAAUUUUUUAAGCCAUCGGAAGAAUGCUGCAACUUAGCUUGAUGGAGAGUGUGGCAACAGCACUGAACCUUUUUCACGGAUCAAUGGUUGGCUUAGUUUCUCCAUGUCAUGGACUUUAACCGUCUUGUUCUCUGCAAAUCGGUUUCAACCGUCUUGUUCUCUGCAAAUUGGCUCGAGGUUUAUGUAUGUAACUAUGUAUGCAGAAUCUGUCAAUUUUUGUAUGUAAGUUGCCAGCUCAUUGGUUACUGUAUACUUAUGUGUAUCAUUUUUCUAAAUAUUUGUUUGAUUGUGUGAAGAGAGUUAUUUAUCAUUUCCACUGCUUCUAACUUUUAUUGUUGUGUAUACUUUCCUAAUGUACAUUACUAGCAGCUUGGCACCGAA